CCCCAGAUUCGCAGCCAUUUCCAAAGGAAAGCACCCCUCUCUCCGAUCUCGAUCUCUCUCUCUGUUCUCCGUCCCUUCACUCUUCAAACUCAAAGUUCAGUCAUUCCUCAACGUCAAGUCGCAGCACAAAGAUUCACCCGAAAGGCUCUCCUCUACUUCCCAUUGGUCCCUUGUUCUAUCUUCCAUAAUUACCCAUUAUAAAUUAGAAGGUAAAAAACAGACGUCUCCUUCUUGUACUCUGCAACGACACUCAAUACUGAUUUCCAACAAUACUACAAGCCUGUUCUCGCUAGGGUUUUUUACCUUUCCUUCCUUCCUUGAAUGGCAUUCUCUUAAUCGAUGGCGGUGAGUUCAGGACGCCUCUCGGCUCACUUCGAUUUCAAGCUCGGAAGAGGGCGCCGACUCUUCGGAGACGGUUUUCCACCGACGCGUAUUCUAGGCUUGGAUUUGGGUAAGCGUUGGAGCAGAAGGGCGCGUGACCGAGUCUUAAUAGUGGGUCGAAUCGGCUGCUGCUGCUCCGACCCCGUGGUCCCCACCCGAAGAACGACCGGGUCCGGAAAUCGCGUGGAGAAGACCGAGGAAUGGCGCCUCGAUCCCAAGAAAAUCCCUCACAGAGUCCGUACCCAAGCCUCCCCUGCAGUUCCCUUCGCCUCUUCUCAAUGGCACACAGUUUCAAAACAAGAAAAAAAGUUUUAUCCUCGCUGUACACCGGGAAAUUCCGGCCCUCAAUCCCGUGACACUCCUCCAAAAAGAGACACCGGCAUUGCAAAUGAGGAGGACUGGGGCAUUAGCUUACUGAAUGAGAAUGUUAAUGAGUCGGGCACUAAUGAAGAUGGAAGUACAUGGUAUCGGGAAAGCGGGGAAGACUUGGGUUCUAAUGGGUACAGAUGUAGGUGGACAAGGAUGGGUGGUCAAUCAUACGAUGGUUCCUCGGAAUGGAAAGAAACGUGGUGGGAGAAAAGUGACUGGAGCGGAUACAAAGAGCUAGGUGUGGAAAAAUCUGGUAGAAAUGCCGAAGGGGAUUCAUGGUGGGAAACAUGGCAGGAAAAUCUUCAUCAAGAUGAAUGGAGCAAUCUUGCAAGGAUAGAGAGGAGUGCACAGAAACAAGCAAAAUCUGGCACCGAAAAUGCUGGAUGGUAUGAGAAGUGGUGGGAGAAAUAUGAUGCUAAAGGCUGGACUGAGAAAGGGGCACAUAAAUACGGUAGGCUGAAUGAACAAUCAUGGUGGGAGAAGUGGGGAGAGCAUUACGAAGGAACAGGAUCUGUUCUCAAAUGGACAGAUAAAUGGGCUGAGACUGAACUCGGUACCAAAUGGGGAGACAAGUGGGAAGAGAAGUUCUUUACUGGAAUAGGUUCACGGCAAGGGGAGACAUGGCAUGUAUCUCCCAGUGGUGAACGUUGGUCAAGAACGUGGGGGGAAGAACACUUCGGAAAUGGUAAAGUGCAUAAAUACGGGAAGAGCACAACAGGUGAAAGCUGGGAUAUUGUCGUGGACGAGGAAACUUAUUAUGAGGCUGAACCUCAUUACGGUUGGGCGGAUGUUGUGGGUGACUCGACUCAGUUACUUUCAAUUAAACCUCGGGAGCGGCCACCUGGUGUCUACCCAAAUCUAGACUUUGGGUCAUCUCCACCGCCCCCACCUGAUGACACACCAGAAGAGUCUCCUCCUUCGCAAUGAAGAGAUGAUUUUUGAACUCGUAACUUAAUUAGGUGGUUUAGAUUGGUUGAACCUCUUAUAGCAGAAUAUUGUGAAUUUAUCUUUCAAUUAAUUCAUUCUUUUGAUUGUUAAUGCUUCCAUGUAUUCAAUGUCAUGCCCUGGUUACGUUUUGGACAAAAUUUCUUUGCUUGGGAUUACACCAUAGUAAGAAAGAUACAUUCUUAUUUGGUUUCAA